AUGGAAUCUUCACGAAGAUGCACAUUUCUUCCCCAGGCAGCAGCCAUGGCUGAGCACUUCCGCGAAGCAUGCAGAUGCCCCGUAUGUCUGGACUACCUCGAAAAACCUGUGGUCUUGCAAUGUGGAUUCGUCUGUUGCACCAACUGCAUCAAUUCACUGGAGACGGAGCCCCAAGGGGAGGGCUUAAAGUGCCGCUUCUGCACUGGAGUCACUCAGAAGAAUGAGAUCAAGAGCAAGUGGCAGCUGGGCAGGCUGGUUUCCAGCAUCAGGGAACUGGAGCCCCACCUGAGAUCCACCCUACAGAUGAACCCGAGGGUGCUGAAGUUCCAAGUGGAUGUCACCUUGGAUGUUGACACAGCCAACAACCACCUCCUUAUUUCCGAAGACCUGAGGAGUGUCCGUUACGGGCCUAUCAAACAGGACCGGAGGGAGUGUGCGGAGAGUUUCAGCCACGCUCUUUGUGUCCUGGGCUCCCCCCGGUUCACCUCUGGCCGCCACUACUGGGAGGUGGAGGUGGGGGCGAGCGACGAGUGGGACGUGGGUGUUUGCAGAGAAUCUGUGCCCCGCAGUGGGAAGAUCUUAAUGUCUUCAGCACAUGGAUUCUGGACACUGAGCCUGAGGGCAAGAACAUACUUCUCAGCCAACACUGUGCCUCGGACCGCCCUCUGGGUGAGCCCCAGGUUACGCCGGGUGGGGAUUUUCCUGGAUGUGGAUUUGGGAAACAUCACUUUUUGGGACAUUAGAGAUGGAUCCCAUAUCUUCACAUUCACCAGAAUCUCUGCUUCUGAGCCGCUGCGUCCGUUCUUCUCCCCAAGCACAAGCUCUGGUGACCAGGGCGUCCUGAGCAUCUGCCCUGCUGUCCCAAUGCCAGUGUAG